ACCCAGACGGACUCCUCCUUCUCAGCUACUUGAGAGUAGGGGUGUGCGUGUCUGAGCGAGCGAGUGAGGGGGGAUUAUUUUUAAACUCUCCCUCGCAAUGGAGCCUUUGAUACAUUAUUCAUUAGGCCGAAAAAGGCUGAAGUGCUGAUGUCAGUCAGGAGGCUGGAGCCUAGUGCGGAGAAGCCUUGGUCUUGCUGCUGCUGCUGCUUGCUGCUGUUGCUUCUACUGCUGCAGCGAGAGAGCGACUCAGACUGAGCAUAAGGGUGCAGCAUGCUGCCUGGCUCCUGUUCCAGCCUCUUCAGCAGCAGCAGCAGCAGCAGCAGCAGCACCGGCAUUGCUCAGGCCAAGAGUGCAGGGCCAAGAGGGGACCACGAGGAGGAGGGAGCAGUAUGGCUCGCUUGCCGGGCAGCGGCUGCAGUGGCGGCUCCUUCUGGCUCUUGGUCCUGGCGGCGGCAUGCCUGCUGCAUCGUGCCCAGGUGAGGAAACCGGUCCGAUGUCCUGCCACAUGCAGCUGCACCAAAGAAUCCAUCAUUUGCGUCGGAUCGGCCAGCGUGCCACGAGCCAUCCCCAGCGACAUCGGCUCCUUGAGCCUAGUAAAUGGAACGUUUUCUGAAAUCAAAGAAAGAAUGUUUUCUCAUCUGCCUUCCCUGCAGUUGCUACUGCUGAAUUCUAAUUUAUUCACUAUCAUUCGAGAUGAUGCCUUUGGUGGUCUUUUCCAUCUAGAGUACUUAUUUAUUGAAGGAAACAAAAUAGAAACAAUUUCAAGAAAUGCAUUUCGUGGCCUUCGAGAUCUGACACACCUUUCUUUGGCCAAUAAUCAGCUUAAAGCUCUGCCAAGGGAUGUCUUUGGUGAUUUAGAUUCUCUGAUCGAACUAGAUUUAAGGGGAAAUAAGUUUGAAUGUGACUGCAAAGCCAAGUGGUUGUUUUUGUGGUUAAAGAUGACAAAUUCCACUGUUUCUGAUGUCCUGUGUGUUGGUCCAGCAGAAUUUCAGGACAAGAAGUUAAAUGAUGUCUCAAGUUUUGAUGAUGAAUGCACCACAACAGAUUUCGUGGUUCAUCAGAUUUUGCCCUACCAGUCAGUUUCAGUGGACACAUUCCACUCGAAAAAUGAUGUGUAUGUAGCCAUUGCGCAGCCCAGCAUGGAAAAUUGCAUGGUUCUAGAAUGGGAUCACAUUGAGAAGAACUUCAGGAGUUAUGACAACAUUACUGGUCAGUCCAUAGUAGGAUGCAAAGCUAUCCUGAUUGACGAUCAAGUUUUCGUGGUGGUGGCUCAACUUUUCGGUGGCUCACACAUUUAUAAGUAUGAUGAAAGCUGGACAAAGUUUGUCAAAUUCCAGGACAUAGAAGUCUCCCGCAUUUCAAAGCCGAAUGACAUAGAGCUCUUUCAAAUAGAGAGUGAAACAUUCUUUGUCAUUGCAGAUAGCUCAAAAGCUGGCUUGACGACAAUUUAUAAAUGGAAUAACAAGGGUUUCUACUCUUACCAGUCCCUGCAUGAAUGGUUCCGGGACACAGAUGCUGAGUUUGUUGACAUAGAUGGAAAAUCUCAUCUGAUCUUGUCCAGCCGCUCACAGAUUCCCAUUAUCCUUCAAUGGAACAAAAGUUCCAAGAAGUUUCUCCCGCACAGUGAGAUCCCCAACAUGGAGGAUGUGUUGGCUGUAAAAAGCUUUCGAAUACAGGACAACCUCUACAUCUCACUCACAAGAUUUAUAGGUGACUCAAGAAUAAUGAAGUGGAAUAGCAAGCAGUUUGUGGAAAUCCAGGCCCUCCCUUCUCGGGGAGCCAUGACCCUCCAGCCAUUCUCCUUUAAGAAUAAUCACUACCUAGCCUUGGGAAGUGACUACACUUUCUCCCAAAUAUUCCAGUGGGAUAAUGAGAAGAAGCUCUUUAAAAUAUUUAAGGAGAUCUACGUGCAGGCGCCUCGCUCAUUCACAGCUGUGUCGACAGAUCGAAGAGAUUUUUUCUUUGCUUCCAGUUUUAAAGGCCACACUCAAAUAUUUGAACACAUAAUUGUGGACUUGAGUUUAUGAAAGAGCUGUGGGAGGGAGGGAGGAGGGGGGCAACUCUGUACAAUGACAUUUUCACUUAAAAACAAAAUGGAAAGGACAGUUUACUCAUUUCCUGAAGGUAGGAUGAGCCUGUGGCAUUAGGAGUUUUCUGAACUUUAUAGAAGUUUGCAUAUUUAAUCAGGGAUUGCAUUAACUUGGUUAACUGCAUGCCAUGUCCAUUUUACCAUUGGUAAAAACAUGUUAAAGCUAUAAUUACUCCAAGAAAGUGCAAUGCAUUAGAAUUAAUUCUAACACAUCUAAAACAUUGAAGCAAAAUAAGAUGAGGAGGAGGAGGUGGGAAAGCAGAAAAGGCAGGGUGGGGACCAUAUCAACAGAAGAAGAGAGGAACUCCAAUGUGGCAACCCUCAUUUGACCUUCUCAAAAUGGAUAUUUAAAGAACAACUCCACAUAUUGGUUGGUGAUUUGUAACUGUUAACAUCAAUAUGAAACCACCAGUUAGUUCUGUCAUUUUUGUUUCUUGCUAGUCAAUGGAAGCAGCUCUCCUUGUUAGCUCUUUGAAACAGGUUUUACAGGGUAAGCCUCUAGAGGACAUUGCUAAAUUCCAGUUUAUGGAAAGGGGUAGAAGUUUUGUUUGAUUGCACAGUCUGCUCUGCCCAUGUGAUCUAUUUCCUGAGCCUCUCCUUCAGCUGGCCAUCUCAGAGGAUUCAGCCUAUCAGGGUUAACAGGAACCAAUCCUAUUACUAGUCAGCUCCCUGUAUUGGGGAGGGGCCAUAGGUCAAUGAUAGGGCCCAUGCUUUCCAUGCAGAAAAAACCAUCUCCAGGUAGAGUUGGGAUGGAUCCCUGCCUAAACCCUGGCCUCUGCCAGUCAGACAAUAUUGCACUAGAUGGACCAGUGACCUGAGUUGGUAUAAGACAGCUUCACAACAAUGUUAUAUAAUGCUCACCUAUGCAAAUAGUGGUAUUUACAGCCUAACUACAAGUUAGGGUGUGGGUGGGAGGGCUGUGACUGGCGCUAACCCAUGCCUCCUCCCAUAUUUCUCUGAUGAAGUUUAGUACAAUUUGAAUAGAUUUGGCAUCAUAAUAUUAAAUAUUUCCCUGCUCCAGUUAACUCAUUGGCUAUCACUGCAGCCAGACCAUUAUUGAACCAAAGCUAAGCUCCUCAAAGUCUCAUUGAUUUCAAUGAGAGACUGUUAUACACUUGCUUAACUCUUCCAUUGAAAUGCCCUGGACUUAAUAGAGUUUAACUUUGGCUGGAUCAUGUCCCGUUAAUUCUUCUAUAUUACUUUCACUUGCCUCCCAGUUAAUUUUGACAUGGCAUCCCAAGACCUGAUUAUCAGAACUUUUUGUCUUGAUAUAUUUCAUGCUAUUCAACAAUUUGUGUCUUCAUUCUAUCCAUCUGUUUUGUUCACAGUAUACUUAAAAGAAUCUCCCACAUAAAGCUCAAAACAUCCAUGUGGGUUUUUCAUUCAAGUGUGGGCCUUUUGUAUUGGCAACUGUGACACAGAUAUAAAGUCUGUGCACAGCAAUCUGUAGUUUUCAAUUAUUUGAUAUCCCUAUUCCAUUCUAACAGGGUUUUGUUUGCAUCUAGUUCCCGACAUUAACAUAAUAAAAUACAAAAGUCUCCAGCAGUACUAAUAUGCGAUAGUUCCAGGAUAAUCGGGGUCCAGGGUUCUCUUUUUCUUUUUUCACCUAGAGUUUUGCUUCCCCUGCCCCCACCCCCCAAAAAGGUUACAAACAGAAAAAGAAUAGUGAUGCCAACAAUAAUUAUAGUAUCAUAAACUGACAUGAUGAGGAAAAUUACUCACUUGGGCACUGCCUAAUUCUCCUUUUAACUUCAGCCGGACUACCUUGAGUAAUUUUCCUCAUCAUGUCACCCAUAGAAUUUUAGAGUUCUAAAGGCCUCAGAGGUCUUCUAAUACAUCUUUCCUGUUCAGUGCAGGAAACUGCCUUAGCUUCCCUCACAGAUGCCUGUCCUGCCUCUGCUUGAAAACCUCCAGCAAAAGAGAGCCCAGCAUUGCAUGAGGCAGACUGUUCAGUUGUUAAACAGCUAUUACAGCUAGUGAUUGUUUUUCUAAAGUCUUCCUAAAUCUGCUACCUUGUAAAUUCAGCCCAUUGAAUUACCUUGCAAUUCCAAUUCAACCCAUUUAGCCCUGCCCCACAGGAGCAACAGAGAACAAAUCUGCUUCUUCUAUAUGACAGCCCCUCAGCUAUUUGAAGAUGGCUAUCAUAUCUCCUCCUGGUCUUGUCUUCUCCAAGCUAAACAUGCCCAGCUCAGAGGACUUGGUUUCCAGACCCCUUACCAUCUUUGUUGUCCUUCAUUCCAGUUUAUCACUGUCCUAACAGUAGUGAUAAUAACAAUUUUAACAUCCUGUCCCUAAAAGGCUUACAUGUAAGAUAAUUUAAUAAAUAUUUGAUUUUACCCUUC